CGCUCUCUGUACCCCUCCCCUAUCACCUGCUGAUGUCACGCAGCUAGCCGUGGCCUGCCCUGGCUGCAGUGGAAAGUAAUGGAGUCGCGCGUCUCGGCUCCGCGAAGCGCGUGCGAAAGAGAACGCACCCCGGUGUGACAGCUAAAAAAACAGCGACACACACGGAGCAAGUCAACGCACAUACACACGUACUGACAUAAACAACCAUACACACCAGUAAAAACAUGCAGCACGGCGCCUAAACGGCCCAGGAGCUCACCUCGAACGGCAGGCAAGCCAGGCCAUUCUCCUGGCUGAGGGGGUCAUUUGCUAUGUAGGGACAGGAGCAGGUUGGUGGACUACGGACUUCGGGGACCAUGGAACCAGGAGAGAGCUCCCCCUCCCCCUCCUGGGAUCCUCCCACUUUAAAGACAGUGCCCCUGGACCCACUGUCAUCCUCUCCCCAGAACCCAGAGUCCCCAACCCACCUUCACAGCACCUUACAGAGCUCCUGCUCUCCAGUGGCGAGGGGGGAGCACGCGGACAGUUGGGGCCCGUGGGACGGAAUUGGGGAGGGGACGGGGGACUCCUCCUCCAGGACAGGAUCAGGGGGGACCGCACAGAGGAGCCCUCGGCCCUCAGCCUUUCCCUCCUCCCUGGCCUGGGACUCCGACUCCGAAAAGGAAACCCUAGAUGAGGAGGAGCUACAGCACUUUUCUAACCCUCACGGUCUGGCAGCUCACAGCCCCGGAUCCCCCGCCUCAGGACACAGGCAAGAAAGAGCUGACGGUGAGGGUGACAAAGCACCUGAAAAACUACAGCACUUAAUCCCAGAGAGUGACCCGCUCAGCCCAGUGGAUGGGCAGGACCAAGGCGGGGCCAGCACACAAGCAGAUGAGCCAAAGACCGCACAACCCAGCUCACCAGACUCUGAAGAAAAUGGUGGCAGAGAGUUUACAGAGAAAGCGUCUCCUGAGCCGCCGUUGUCAGAGGCUAAACCAAAGGACGGGUGCCGAAAGGAAGAGGGAGAGAGGGAUGGACAGCAGGGGAGGGAGGAGGAGCCGGAGCCGGUUCUGGACGUGUACAGCUUCCCCGGGGACUCGGACCCAGAGAGCCCGCCCCCGGCACCCUGGGCACACUGCACCUUCACCCAGCGCCGCAAGAGGAAGAGGGCCCUGCUCAAGCCCUUCUCCGGCCUGGGCGCCCAGCUGGCCACGCCCCUGGCCCUGUGGAAGAGGCCCAAGGGCAGCCCCCCGAAGGCCAGGGGAGACCUGCUCGCGGAGGUCGGGGGCGGGGUCUUUGAGUUCGCGGAGGAGGGCGGGAACGGAGGCGCGGGGAGGGACCCGGAACAGGAAGCGGCGAGCGACGGCCCGAGGGAGGAGGAAGGAGCGCUCCGCCAGGAGGUGUUCACCUGCGUGGAAUGUAGCAUUUACUUCAAGAAGCAGGUCCACCUGCAGGAGCACAUGCACCAGCACUGGCAGAGCGGGGCGCAGAGGAGGCGGGGCGAGGAGGAGAGCGGGCGGGGCGGGGGCGGGGCGGGGGUGGCAGGGCGGUUCCAGUGCGCGGAGUGCGGCUGGGAGCUGGAGGACCGGCCGGCCCUGGCGGAGCACCGGCGGCAGCACGAGGAGUCGCGGCAGAAGAUCCUGGAGGAGAUCGGCAAGCUGAACGAGGGCGGGAAGGGGGCGGGGGAGCCGGGGGGGGCGGCCGCGGAGACGGGGGGCGCGGUCUCGGCCCCGCCCCGGCUCCGGUGCCCCAAGUGCCGGUUCGGCACGGACUCGUCGCGCGUGUACGUGGAGCACGCCAAGAUGCACAUCAAAGAGCGCAACAGCCAGCGCGCGCGGGGGCCGACCGCGCAGCCGCCGCCGGGCCCCGCCGGCCCGCUCCGCCCCUCCCCCCCGCUCCCCUGCGAGCUCUGCAGCUUCCGGGCCUCCAGCCCCACCGCCCUCCGGGAGCACCUGCUCCUGUCCCACCCCUCCUGGCCCGCGGCCUGGGAGGAGGACGAGGAGGAGGAGGAGGAGCCGCGGGAGGAGGGCCGCCCGGGGACCAGCCGCGACUUCCUCAACCCCUCCCUCCCGCCGCCGCCGCGCCCCGGGGACGAGCCCUUCCCCCCGCGGCGCUCGCGUAGCCCCGCCUCCUCGCCGGCGGGCCGCGGGACGCUCGGCCUGCGCCUGGGCACGGCCGUCAAGGGGGGCCGCCCCUGCCUGCCCCGCCCCCGGCCUUCCCCGCCCCGCCCUCCCGUGACCCCCCCCGCGGGACCGCGCCGGAGGGACGUGGCCUUCAAGAGCAUCGGCAACCGGAGGGCGGGGAGGGGCGGGGCCUGGAGGGAAGGGCCGCCCUCGGCGUCGCCCCUGCCGAGCCCCUCCCCACUGCCUUCGGCGACGGGCGGGGCGCGGAAAUGGGACCAAAACGAGGACCAGGUAGCCCAGAAGAGCCAGCAGCUCAGUGCCGAUCCAGGCUCAAAGGAGGUGCCUGCCCUCGCCUUGCAGCUGAAGCGCAGUUUCUCAGACGGCCUUCGGGGGGCGGCAGAGAGCCUGGGGCUGACGGAGGGGCAGCAGACCCAGCUCAGGCACAUGCUGCCCCUCGUCCUCAUUGAGCCCUUCCACUUCAGUCCCCGAGCUCCCUCCCCAGUUCCCGGAUUUGGGGAGAGGGUCAGGGCAGCGGGAAACUUCCGUCCCUUUCCGGAAGACAACGUAGCCUGUCCCGUGGUAAAAGAGGAUGACGACGAAGAAAAUUACGAGGACGAGGACAAUGACGAAGACGACGAGGGGAAUCUCUUCCUGUCAGAGGAGGAGGAGGAGGUCGGGGAAGGGGUGGGGAUGCUGAAGAACGUCGAGAGGAAGUGCCCGUAUUGCCCCGAUCGUUUCCACAAUGGCAUCGGCCUGGCCAAUCACGUGAGGGGCCACCUCAAUCGAGUGGGCGUCAGCUACAACGUGCGCCAUUUCAUUUCCCCCGAGGAGGUCAAUGCCAUUGAAAGGAAGUUCUCUUACCAAAAAAAGAGGAAAAAAGGUAAGGAAGUGGCCAACUUUGACCCCGACACCUUCAGCCUGAUGCGCUGCGAGUUCUGCAGCGCCGGCUUCGACACCCGGGCCGGCCUGUCCAGCCACGCCCGCGCCCACCUCCGCGACUUCGGCAUCACCAACUGGGAGGUCACCGUGUCGCCCAUCAACAUCCUGCGGGAGCUCUUCUCCAGCCGGCCCGACCUGGUGCUUCCCACCGCGCCCCCGCGCAGCCCCGCCACGGACCCCGACCCCGACUCUGAGGACGAGGAGCUGGCGGUCAGCCGGGGCGGGGCUGCGGACCGCGCCGUGCCCCCCCUGCCGCCGUCGUCUCCGGCGCCUCUGGCUCAAACGCAAGGUGUGCAGGAAGACAAGAUGCCCACAGUGGAAGGAGUGACAGCAGGCUCUGGGAGGAAGAGUGUGGUUCCUUCAGAUUCUGGGAACAAGCGCAUGGACCCUGGCAGCCCCAGGGACGAACCGGACAGCAAGGCCACCGGCCUGCUGCAGUGUGAGGUGUGCGGGGCUCCGUUCGAGACCAGGCGGGGCCUGUCCAGCCACGCCCGCUCGCACCUCCGUCAGCUGGGCAUCGGGGUGUCCGAGAGCAGCGGGGCGCCCAUCGACCUCCUGUACCAGCUCAUCAAGGAGCGGGACGGGCGCUGCUUCCCCGAGCCUCCGCACCCCUCCGCGGCCAAGAAGCCACCCCCGGGGAGCCCUUCCUCCCGAAAGGAGCCCGGGCCCAAGCUCGGAGGAGCCAAAGCGGCGGUCGCGGAGAGGAAGCCCUCCCCGCUGUCCCCCCUGGCCGCUCCCUCCCGCGCCAAGGCGGCCGCCUCCUCCAGCCGCUCCUCCUCCCCCGCCGCCCUGGGGAACGCCCGCUCGGCCUCCCCGCUGCUGCGGAAGGCCCCCAUCUCCUCCCUCCUGCCCGCCUCCUCGCCCCUCCGCUCCUUGGACCCCAAGCCCGGCGGCGGGAAGACCGCCUCGCCCUCCGGCGCCCCUCCCGCCUCCGCCAAGCCUUUCUGGGCCCCGCAGGAGACGGACGCCCCCCUCAACCUAACAAUGGACGUGGACGCCAGCAAGGACAUUGUGUGCCAGCUGUGCGGCGCCUGGUUCGAAACGCGCAAAGGCCUCUCCAGCCACGCCCGCGCCCACCUGCGCCACUUCGGGGUGGUGGACGCCGAGACCAAGGGCUCCCCCAUCGACUAUCUCAACCAGCUGAUCCACACGGACGACUUCAAGCACCGGGCCGGCUCGCUGCAGCCCGAGGACUCCGAGGAGCUGGAGGACCUGGCUUCUGGCUUGACCCCUCCCUCCGCCUCCUCUUCCUCCGCUAAGCGGCCGGUCUCCUCCCCCUCUCCCGGGCUCUACAAGGGCGCCUCGGCGGAAGGAGGCUCGGGCUCCAAGGGCGCCCCGUCUUCUCCGCUCCUGUCUCCCCCCCCCAGCAAGCGGUACAAGCCCACCGCCGCCGAGAGGGCGGGCCUGCAGGUCUUCCGUUUGAGUGGCGGCGAGCUGACGCCAAUCACUCAUGGCGAACCGCUGAAGGAGAUCGGCUGCGAGUUCUGCGGGGAGUACUUUGAGAACCGCAAGGGCCUGUCGAGCCACGCCCGCUCGCACCUGCGCCAGCUGGGCAUCACCGAGUGGUCGGUGAACGGCUCGCCCAUCGACACCCUGCGGGACCUGAUCACCCGGCGGGGGCUGCCCUGCGCCCUCCCCCUGCGGCCCCUCAAGUCGCCGCCCGCCUCCCCCACGUCCCCCCGCUCCCCGGCCUCCUCCCCCGCCUCGCCCGGCCUGGUCAAGCGCCACCCCUUCGGCCCGGGCCAGCCGCACCAGCCCACCGCCCGCAAGAUGGGCGGCGGCAUGGCGGCGUCGCGGCUGCCCGCCAAGCCCAAGCCCGAGCCGGUGCAGCUGGAGCUGGGCAUGGCGGGCGAGGGGGGGGCGGCGGGCAUGGCGGGUUACGCGCCCGAGGCCCUCUCGCCGGGCUGGCGCGGCUCCGACGGCAUCCUGCCCCUCAACCUGGCCGCCCCUGAGCCCGAGCCCACGCGGGACAUCCGCUGCGAGUUCUGCGGGGAGUACUUCGAGAACCGCAAGGGCCUGUCCAGCCACGCCCGCUCCCACCUGCGCCAGCUGGGCAUCACCGAGUGGUCGGUGAACGGCUCGCCCAUCGACACGCUGCGGGAGCUCAUGCGCAAGAAGGGCGCCGCCCCCGCGGGACAGGUGAAGAAGGAGCCCGGCCUGGGGGGCGGCGGCCCCGCCUGGGAGGAGCUGGGCUACCUGUCCCCCAAGUUCUCCCGCAAGUCGCCCGUCAGCAUGCUGCACUCGGGGUCGCGCCUCCUGAAGCAGGGCCUCGGGGGGGCGUCCCUCUCCCUGUCCCCGCUCGGCGGGGGCAAGGGGGGCGGCGGCGGCGGCUUCCUGGGCGCGGCGUCCCAGCUGGGGAAGAGGCCGCUGGCGGACGAGGGCCAGUCCCACGAGAGGCCGUCGCCCAAAACCUUCUCCACCCCGCCGCUGGAUUUCUCCUUCAAGGGGAAGUCCUCCCCGGACAAGUACGGGACGUCCCACGCAGCCUCGGACGCCAGCUGCGAGCUGUGCGGGUUCUACUUCGAGAACCGCAAGGCGCUGGCCAGCCACGCCCGGGCCCACCUGCGGCAGUUCGGCGUGACGGAGUGGUGCGUGAACGGCUCCCCCAUCGAGACGCUGAGCGCCUGGAUGCGCAGCAAGCCGCACAAGGUGGCCGAGAUGCACCGCCGCUACCUGCAGGGCGACCGGCCCUUCCCCAAAAAGAAGUGUGGCUCCUCCCCCUCCCCCUCGGCCGAUUUGGACCGCCUGUCCCCCGGGGCGUCCAAGCCCCCGUCGUCCCAGCGGCCCUCCCUGGGGCUGCCCCUGGGCCGGCGGGCGGGGCGGGAGGUGACGGGGGGCACGUGGGGGGCGUCCCGGGCCGGCCAGGGCCGAGGCGAGGCGGGCUCCUCCUUACCGCAGGGCCACGGCGCGUCCCGCCAGGCCGCCCUCCCCCACUCACAGGUGGCCCGCAGCGAGCUCAACGUGCGCUCGCCCAGAGGGUUCGAGCGGCGCCCGCCCAAGCACUCGUCCCACUCGGAAAGCGGCGAGAGGGAGACGGGACCCCCGCAGACCCCCCGGACCGGCACCAUCCCCGCCCUCGUGCCAAAGCCCCCCUCCACCCCGCUGGUCAAGCUGGUGGGGAAGGUGUACUCGCUCAAAUGCAGGUUCUGUGAGGUGGAGUUCCAGGGGCCCCUGUCGGUCCAGGAGGACUGGGUCAGGCACCUCCAGCAGCACAUCCUGGAUCUCAACUUCAAUAAGCCCGCGCCCCCCCCCGCCACGCCCGCCACGCCCGCCCCGGAGGACCCCGCCGUCCCCACCCCGGCCCCCGUCCCGGGAGUCACGCCCACACCCACCUCCACCUCCACCCCGACCCCGACGCCCACUCCCACGCCCGCGUCCACCCCCGCCCCGACCCCCGCCGCCACGCCCACCCCUACACCCACCCCCACCCUUACCUCUGCCCCGCCCCCGCCCUCGCCCGCGCCCCCACCCCCACCCGCGCCCCCACGCCCCCGCCUGCCCCGCUCCCCAUCCCUGCGCAGGCUGUGUAGAAGUCUCUCUCCCUCCGUCUCUCCUUCCCUCCUCUUCCCUCGUUCGUUCAGACGUCCCUGUUUUUGCUCUUUGACGUGUUCUCGGUUGUUUUAAAAAGGUUGUUUUUUUAAAGAGAGGUGUUGUUGUAUGCGCGUGGCUCUGCAGAGACGCGGGGUGUCCUCCUCCAGCAGGGCAGGGUGAGCAGAGACGGGGGGGGGGGGGGCUCCUCCCGCAGGGCAGGGUGAGCCAGGGCCUCCGUCAGCACCCCCCCACGGCGGCUUCCGUUCUUCGGCCAUCUUUAAAACCGCGUGAAGGAAGGGCCUCAAUUAAAUCAGCUUUUACUGAAGGUCUCCUGGUCAAAAUGUGUACAUACAGUAUAUUGCGUAUUUAUUCCGAAAAAAAAAGACAACUGUGGCACCUUACCGUAAUGGUGUCCUUGUAAACAGUGCUCUGCCACUCAAGAUGGACAGAGAGCGAGAGAGAGAGAGUGAGUGAGCAAGAGAGAGAGAGAGAGAGAAUAUGCCAAGCACAACACUUGUGGUCUCACCCCAUUUCUGAUGUAGAGGAUGAAUUGGGCCUUGGGAGGUUGGGCCCUGCUAGCUACUCAAACGCACAGGGGAACUUCAGUGGGAGUUCUUGAGGGGGGGGGAGGAACUGGACGUUUUUUUUUGCCAAGUUUGGCCCUUGUUAUCCCGUUUGGUCUUCUGUACCCAGCACCAAACGCAGCCAUCGCAAACCCCCCCCAGGGGGAGAGCCGCUGGUCCUCUGUCGUUGUUUUAUUGCACGUUUGAAUGUGUUCUACUUCGGUUUUCAGCGCGUGGAGCUGAAUGGAAUGUACUGCUACUGUGGGAAACUGGGAGAAAAGGAAAAUCGGCCGCCCGUGUGACACACUGUGACCAAAGGUGCGGAGGUGGUGUGCGAGUGUGCUUCUGCCUGUUCUCAAGGUGUCUGUCAGCAGACGGCCCAAUAUUUGGACAUUUUGGCUGCGUCCCUUAUCAUAUCCAUGCUGGAAAAAAAAAUCGGGCUGGUUUUUGGCAGGAUAGUUUUUUUGUUUGUUUGUUUUUUUUGUUUUUAUUUUGUUGGAUUUAACAGGUACAGGAUUCCUACGUGUGGCAUUGUGUCCGUGCCCAAAACGCGGGAGGGCGCGAGAGUCCUUCCCGGCACCCGAAAUGUACUGAGCCCCCCGCCCCGGUGCUCUCCCCCAGCCCGGGGACUGUGACCCUCACGCGCUCGGUAUGUGCCAAAGAGCCCGCCUGCCUCCGUCUUACCUCAGCAAGCCGCUCACACGGACUGAUCCCUGAAGUGUUGGACCUGGCUGCCCGAAGGCCCCGCGCGGCGAAGGUUUUGGGCGGUUCCCCUGCGCGCUCGUCCGCGCCGCGCCCCCCGUCCUGCGCCCCGUCGAGCCCGAAGCCGUCGUUCUCCGGCGGGACGCCACCCGCGCGGGCCUAGGACAGAACCCAGGUGCAUUGUGGGCCCUCUGGACGGCCUGCUGGAUUCAUUGGCGCUGGGCUCUCUGUGUGUGCGUGUGUGUGUGUGUGUGGACGGUUGUUAACACUGGCAGUUAAGUGAAGCAAUAACGGAAGGGUCCAUCUCUAAGCAACUGAAGUCCGUUCCACCGCCAACAACAUUCCUCCGGACCGUUAUGACCCCUGGCCUGUUCCGAAACCCACCUUCCCUUAUAUAUAACUACAUGUACUUAUAAAAUGGCUAAGACUAUUAUUGUUAUUUACCUCUAUUAAUGCCUAGCUAUGACAUGUGAUCUUAAUUAUGUCGUUGUAUUGAUUUUAAAUUUUUAUGCUGUUUUUAUUGCAAUGUGCAUUUUUGUUUUGUUUUGUUUUUUUUUUUGCAGUAAAGGGAGAUAGAGAAGCAUACUUUUAAAGUUGUUUUUAGUGUUUUCUUAAAAGAGCUGAACUAUUGGUGCUUGUGAGAGUGGGGAAACUUUAGAAUGAGGAAAGCUUCCUGUUGUGCUGAGGCGAGAAGAGGACUCUGAACACUCUACCUAAAGGGGGGUAGUUUUUAUUUUUUUGGAACCGGUAGAUGCACUCCUGUCUUUCUUCCAGGUUUUAGGUGUCAGAUGCUGGGUGGGGUCCCCCCUGUUUGUGUCCGCCCCGUUUCAGUGUUACUGUGUGAAGGAGAGAGGCGCUGACGGCUGGUUUCUAAGCCCUCUCAAUGGCUGCCUUUACUACUACCUUGGGCCAGUGAGACUGGCCGAGAGAGAGAGGAGAGAGAGCGAGAGAGAGAGAGAGAAAGAGAGCGAGCGAGCGAGUGUGUGUGAGUGGAGUGUGCCAGCUCCGUGUCACGUGGGCGUGGCCAUACGGCGAGCGUGGGGAAAAGCACUACUGUACACAGAAAAAGGUUUAGCUAGUCCUGUGUAUCGAAUCCCGGAACUGAUCAAUAAACAUAACUGAGUUUCAGCCACUGA